AGAGCUGGUGGGAUCGCGCCAUGGCCUGGGCCCCUCUCCUCCUCGCGGUGCUCGCCCAUGGCUCAGGUUCCCUGGUCCAGGCAGCAGUGACUCAGCCGCCCUCGGUGUCAGCGAACCCGGGAGAAACCGUCAGGAUCACCUGCUCCGGGAGCAGCAGCUACUAUGCCUGGUACCAGCAGAAGGAACCUGGCAGUGCCCCUGUCACUGUCAUCUAUGCUAAUGACAAGAGACCCUCGGACAUCCCUUCGCGAUUCUCCGGAUCCAAGUCUGGCACCACGGGCACGUUAACCAUCAGUGGGGUCCAAGCCGAGGACGAGGCUGUCUAUUUCUGUGGUAGCUACGACAGCAGCAGUGAUGCUGGUCAGGGUCACGGAUCACCUGCUCCGGCUAGCAGCGGCAGCUAUGAUUAUGUUGGCUGGUACCAGCAGAAGGAACCUGGCAGUGCCCUUGUCACUGUCAUCUACGAUAACACCAAGAGACCCUCGGACAUCCCUGCGCGAUUCUCCGGGUCCAAGUCUGGCACCACGGGCACGUUAACCAUCAGUGGGGUCCAAGCCGAGGACGAGGCUGUCUAUUUCUGUGGUGGCAAUGAUGGCAGCGGUUCCCUGGUCCAGGCAGCGCUGACUCAGCCGCCCUCGGUGUCAGCGAACCCGGGAGAAACCGUCAGGAUCACCUGCUCCGGGGUUAGCAGCGGCAGCUAUGAUUAUGUUGGCUGGUACCAGCAGAAGGAACCUGGCAGUUCCCUUGUCACUGUCAUCUACGAUAACACCAAGAGACCCUCGGACAUCCCUGCGCGAUUCUCCGGGUCCAAGUCUGGCACCACGGGCACGUUAACCAUCAGUGGGGUCCAAGCCGAGGACGAGGCUGUCUAUUUCUGUGGUGGCAAUGAUGGCAGCGGUUCCCUGGUCCAGGCAGCACUGACUCAGCCGCCCUCGGUGUAG